UCAAAAAUCUAAACAAAACAGAAGUUCUAUCAUGGAGUUAAGUUUUGUUAAGUUACCAUUACAACUUAUAAGUUGUUGUAAGUUUUAAAGUUAGAGAUGUAAGAAUUUCAUAUCUUUAUUUUUAGUAUUAUUUUUUCGCUAUGGCAAAGAAAAAGCCUGCUUACAUAUGGGAUGAUACUCUGAGAGAACAUUGCAAUCGGUUACCUGCAGUCAUGGGAAGAGCUUCACAAGUACAUAAUCUUAUAACUGCAUAUGAUUUACAUUCAAUGGUUCAAGUGGUUUGUUCAACAGUUGCUACAUAUGAAGACUUAAAAUUAUUUCAUUCAGAAUUGUAUCUUGAUCACCUAAAGAAAUUUAAGUGUGUUGAUGAUGAGUAUAUUGCAGAGAAGCAAGAUGAAGAAUUUGGAAUUGGAUAUGACUGUCCUCCAGUGUCAAAUAUGUUUGAUCUGGUGUCUGUCAUUGCGGGAAGCUCCAUGACUGCUGCAAGAUGUCUAACAUUGGGUCUAUCAAAUGUUUCCAUUAAUUGGUGUGGUGGAUGGCAUCAUGCACAAAGAUUUGGCGCUGAAGGAUUUUGUUACAUCAAUGACAUCGUGUUAAGUAUUGAGAAGUUGAGAGAAAAGUUUCCGAAAGUUCUUUAUAUAGAUUUAGAUGUACAUCAUGGUAAUGGUGUACAAGAUGCAUACAACUUAAGUAAAUCAGUAUUUACACUGUCAUUCCACAAUUACGAACCUGGUUUCUACCCUGGAACAGGAUCUAUUGAGGAAAUCGGGUCAUUGCUGGGAAAGGGAUACACGUGUAAUGUACCCCUAAGUUCUACAUAUAGUGAUGACACACUUGAGUACAUAUUUAAAACUAUAUUUCCUAAGGUGUAUGAUAACUUUAGUCCUGAUGCGAUCGUUGUCCAAUGUGGUGCGGAUGCAUUGGCUCGUGACCCAAAUGGUGCAGGAGGACUCACAUUGAAGGGAUACUGUACAUGUGUUCAGAUGGUGCUGGAUAGAGAAGUACCAACUCUUCUCUUAGGCGGAGGGGGCUACAACCACAGUAAUACAGCCAGGCUUUGGGCAAGUCUCACAGCAUUGACUGUUGAUGUGGUUUUAGAUGAGGAUAUACCAGAGCAUGACGAUUUUCCCAAGUACGGACCCUAUUUUACUUUAAGAAUCACACCGUUGUUGACGAAUGAUAUCAACGAUAGAAAAUAUCUAGAUUACUGUAUUGCUAAGAUUACAGAUAAUUUGAAUAAGUAUCUAAGACCUAAUACGUCAAAACAAUUAUCAGCAGGCUGUGAUGAUAAAUAUAAGACUGACAAAAAGAAAAAUAUUUUUCAUGACGAAAUGAACACUGCGAAGCAAAAGACCACGGAUAGUGAUAUAUAUAACUUCAAUGAUGAAUAAAUGAAAAUAUCUUUGAUAAAUUGUUGUUUUUGAUUCAAUAAAAUGGGAUAUUUUGUAAUAAA